GUCAAAAUCAGCUGUAGCUGUCAAUUUUAUAAACACAUGUAUAUAUUUUCAUAGGAGGUGAAUGCUUUAAAGUAAUUGAUAGAUAAUUUAUACCUAAUGGAUGAUAAUAAUUUGGAAUAUUGCUUAGAGCUAUCCGAAGAUCCUAUUCGAUUUGAAGCAGUCAAUCAGUUAACGAAUGUUUUUUUUGAUGAUUCAAAUAAAGAUGUCUUCGCUGUACGAUCUGGAGGAGUUAUGGGAGUCGUUGUCAAAAAUGCUGAUCAUAAGUCCCAAUCGCUAGACUUCAGGAUGGAAGAUCAUGGACCUGUUUUAUCAAUAAAAUUUUCUCCAGAUCACCAAAUUCUUGCUGUUCAAAGAGCUAGCAAUUCCGUAGAAUUCAUGAAUUUCAAUGGAACAAAUUUAGAUACAGAAUACUCGCAAACUUGUAAAAAAAGCUCUAACAUUCUCGGAUUCAUUUGGUCCCAAAAAAAUGAGGUAGCUUUUAUAACAGAUCAUGGGAUUGAAUUGUAUAUGGUUAUACCAGAUAAGAAAUCUUUGAAGCAUUUAAAAACUACGAGUGCCAUUGUUCAAUGGUUUGUUUGGUGUAAUGUUAAUAAAAUUGCCCUUCUAGCUUCUGCUCAUGGCUCUAACCUGUUACCUGUUGUGAUUAAACAAGGAACAAUUAACAAAUUAGCGAAAGUUGAUACUGAACCAAGUCGAAUGGCCCUAGAACGGGAUAUUACUCUUGCUAUUCUAUAUGGUACAUCUGCAGUUUUAAUAUUAAGACAUCAAAACGGACCAAAUACUGCAGAAGUACACAUACACACUUUAAAUGGACCAGGUCAGUCUCCAGUAAAGUCUCAUGUAUUAAAACUGGGAUUAUCUGGAAGAUUUGCAAUCAAUAUUGAAGAUGACAUUAUUUUGGUACACCAUCAGGCGUCAAGAAGCUCUGUGAUAUUCGAUAUUUCGUUACCAAGUGAAAGUGACGGUACUGUACAAUAUCACUCUCCGAUCACAGCUGCCAAAUCGAUGAGACCUGCCAGGUUAACCUUACCAGGUCUUUUAGAACCGGAAACUCAUUUAUGUGAACUUUAUUCACCUAAUUGGGUGGUUUUUCAACCGAAUAUUAUAAUAGAUGCCAAAUUGGGAUGUUUGUGGCAUAUACAAUUAUGUCUGUCAGAAUUAUGUCAACAAAUAAUCGAUUUACGAGUUUGUACAAAUGUGAUGUUGAAUAGAACCCAUGGCAAAACUGUAUUAUUGAGAGUGCUGAUGGACUACAUAAAUCAAGAUAUACUGAAAUUAGAUAAAAUUCAAGAAGCAUUCACUCUGAUCAAUGCAAUUUAUCGAGAUUAUAUGGAAGUGGAACAGCAACCUAAUAUAGUUAGUGGGUUUAAUGUUUCUGUAACAUCUCAACGGAGAAAUCUCAAACAACCAAGGGUACUAAUCACCCAAGACGAUAUGAUGAAUGAAGUAUUCCAAAAAUUGGAUCCCGAAAAGGAUAUAUCGAAAUUAGAAUGGCUCUUAGUUAGUUAUUUAACCUCACUUUCACAAUGUAAUAUACCCGCCCAAUAUAGUUUGAAUGAACUUCUAGUCACUUGUCUUGCUAGACAACAAAAAUUUACAGUCCUACAACAAAUGCUGCAAUACGGCGUGAUAGCCGAUUCGAAACCAUUAGCUUGUUUAUUGUUAUCAUUGGGUAAUAUGCAUUCAUCUACCUCACAGAUGGCAUUGGAUAUGCUCUGUAGACUAGAAGCUAAAGAAGAAAUUCAAGAAGUACUUUUUAGCGAAGGAUUACUUCUUCUGGCUUUGAAAUUGGCAGAUAAAAAUGCCAAUCCGAGGAAAUUUUUAACGGCCGCUGAAAAUUCAAACGACGUAACACUUUUGCACAGUGUACUUAUUUAUUUGAAAAAUAAUCCCGAUUAUGCCACCGCCUUCGAAAAAGAUGAACGAUUAAACAAAUUUAUUCAUCAAUACAACAUUGUAUUUGACAAUCACAACAAUAGCACCAAUAUCAAGGAACAAUAAGACAAAAGAAGACUCCAGUAAACACUAUUCUAAUGUGGUUUUAGACGAUUAUAGCAAGAUGAAAUGUCGUUUCUGUUAUUUGUCAAUAACAAACACCAUUUUGAUUCUAUAUAUAUUGUUAAAAAUGUCAAGUAAAAUGACAUUGACAGUGUUACAUAAAUACGAUUUUAGGAGAUAAAAAAAAUGGACCACCCCGUGUAUUAAUACAUUUUCUUAAUGUGUUUUGUAAAGAAUUGAAAAUGUUUCUUUUCUGAAUCAAAAUUUGUGAAUUAGAAAAUAAUAAUAAUUGAUAUUAAAUUGAAAAAUGGAAAAGAAUCGAAUCAAGUCUGAUAAGUGGCUAUUUGAUAUUAUUAAUAUCUAUACUAUAAUACUAUACUUAUAUAAGAUUUUAUAUUUUUGUGCUGUGAUUGUUAGAUUAAAAUAAACUCUGUGUUAGGUAUCAAAA